AUGGCUAGCAAUAGUGCGAUGACAGGAGAAGUGAGUGAGAUCGAAGUUGAUGUUGGGGUAGCAUUGAAGAAGCAGGAGAGUGUGAUUGAUGCGCUUUCGAAAAAAGUAGUGCAGAUGGAAUCUGUGUUACCUGGUGCUGAUGAAGUUGUGCAGAAAAGUAUCGAGUCAGUAGUUUCGAGUUUGAAGAACUUGUCGCACAACCAACAAGUUUUGGAGGCCAAGUUCGAGGACCUUUUAAAGAAUCAGGCUAAUUCUGAUGCAGCUAUCAAUGAUUUGAGUGCUGAAGUCAGUAAGAUCAGCAAAAUAGUUGCUGAGCAACAGCAGUUGUUGCAAAAUGGGAUUAAUUUGGAUUCUUCAGCUGGAGGUGCAGGUACAUUAUCGUUGUCGUCGUCUGGUGGAUACGGCAACAUCUCCCCUCCACAUAGAGGGCCUGGUAGACCACCAAAGAAGGCGAGCUCCAUUCUGGCUAAUGGUGAGAGGCGUGCAAAACUACCGUUUCCCACGGAUCAUAUUUCAAAGUCGAAAAGGUUUUUCGUUGAUCCAGAUAAGGAAAAGUCAUCUCACGUGGAAGAUCCAUUCGAUCAUGGUGAAACGUCUAAUACUACACCGCAGGAACCAAAAAAGAGAAGGGGUAGACCUUCUAAAAAGGCAUCGACAUGGGACGCGCAAAACGCGUCUUCUUCCUCUGUUUCUAAAAGGGGUCACAAGGAAAGUACACCUUCUGAAAGUUCAAGCGCACAUGCCCCAAAAUAUACUACGUCUAGACGUAAGUCCCAAAGGAUAAAACCUGGAUCCACACAACAGUACGAUGAGCAAUCAGAUCUCUCGUCUUCGUUUUCGGGUGCUUCCGAUAAUGAAACGCAGGACGAUGACAAUGGAACGGCGGCAGCUGACGACUCAGAAGAAGCCGCUGCAAGAAAACAGAAGGAACUUGAAAGAAGAAGGGAUGAAAGGGAAAGAAUGCUUGUCACGAUGAAGUAUAGCGAUCGUAAUGUGACAAGAAAUUUCAUGGAAUUGAACAAAGAUCUUUUCAUGGCAAUGAAGCAAGAAGAGAGAAAAAAGAGAAUGACUGCCAUUCAGUUCGAUAAUGGUGUACCUUUAGGCAAAUAUCAGCUUUCAAACAAGCCCAUUGAACCUUUAGCAGUCUCGAAGAUUCCAUUCUCUCUGUCUCAAUCUUCUGAACUUCAGUCACCACUGCCAAAAAUGCCAGAAUCCGCACAAUCUACCACAGCAAACUCUGGCAUUUCUGAUGACCAUAUUUCCAAUCAACCUGACAGUGCUGGAUCAAAUACUAACACCGGCAGUUCUACACAAGAUAAUGUUAGUAGAGGCAAUAACGAAGGUGACGGUAAUCAUACACAGCAAUCCAAUUCGCCCAGUAUUGCAGGUUCUAGAGGUUACUCUAGUGAAGCUCCAAAAAGAAGUUCCUCUACGUUUGAUGAACAAUCUAAAACCUCUAAAGACUUGGAAGGUCCCCGUAAGGUGAAAAUAUUAUCUAUUUUAAACAAUGAGGGGUCCCCUGAAGUUAAAAAGGAAUUAGACAGUAAUGCCCCUCAAGGUGGUGAAAUAGAUGCCAAUAAUAGUUCACCAGCAUCUGCAGACUCCUCUGGAAUUUUUGCAGGGAACUUAAGUAUUUCUUAUCUCAAUAAUAAUGAACCACCUAGAAAAAAGAGACUGUUGAGCGUUAACGACCGUCGCAAGAUGAGCAAAAUGAUUCCGAUGCUUCCUGAAAAGAAAGAUAAAAGAGGAAGACCAAGUUCAAAUAAUCAAUCUCAAGAAAAUGCAGCAUCACUAUUGAUGUCAUCUCCUGUAGAACUAUAUUGUCGUGAGGGAUUCUUUUAUAGAAAGGGAUCUACUGUGCCAAUUACAGCUGGAGAAUAUUUGGAUUUGAAGUUCAGACACAAGGAAGAAGAAUUGAUCAAGCUAACAAUGCACGAAGAAGAUUACGCAGAACUAACCAGACAGGAUCGAAUCAAUGCAUAUUUCCUCAAACCUGAUGUGGAAAUAGAAUCAUCUAUGGCAUGCCAAGUAUUAUCCAAUGUCAUUUUGACUGAAAGGUAUGUUAAUUCUUUAGAGUACUUUUUGAUGGAAUUCCGCUGGGAAAAUAGAUUAGUUAGUUUGGGCUUGAAGCUCAGAGAAUCGAAGAGGACAUGGCAGAGACGGAAGGCAUUAUUUGCGCUCUUUGAGUUCUGGAGAGAUAAAUCGAAGGACAAGAGAGGAUUCAAAAACUACACAUUAUUACAUGCCAUCAAAGAGAUGGAAAAUUACAGAGUCUUUAUCAACAGGUCAGUGUCAUGGUUCUACAAUCAUAUUACCCUACUAAAAAUGAUUCUAUUUGACCUAUGUGAUAACACAAGUACCCACUGGAGAGAAUGGAUGUUCGCUAGGGGAUCGGAACUUCCAAUUGUUGGUGAAAAUGGCGUUACUGUUACAACCAUUAAUAGAGAAAUAGACAAUAUGUUGGUUCUCGACUUCCUAGAAGAUGGUUCAAGAAAUAGUCACAAGAAGUCAAGUAACAUUCCUUACAAAGAAAAUAGUGAGGGUCCACCUGAAGAAUCUGUAGAAGCAGAAGAAAAGAAAGAACCCGUAGUGUAUGUGCAAACUAUGGGGGGUUCCCAAAGAGACACCGCCACAGAAGAAGUAGAGAAUUCUAAACAGAGUACAGAGGGUCCAGAUGAAUCCGAAGAACCCCAAGCUCAGAGUACUAAUGUUGAAGAGCAACAGACAGAGAAAGAAAAGCAAGUUGAUAGCGCAGCCAAUGACACUGUGACUACUACCCCAGCGGAAAAUAAUGAAUUAAAGGAACCUUCUCAACAAGAACCAUUGCCUGAAGAACAUUCAUAA